CUUAUCCGUAUUUUCGACUACGGAAAACAGACGCAGCUGAGCAUCCCUUCGAAAAGCAACGCUGACAGCCUCAAAUCUGCAAACUCACGAACAAAGUGUAGGUAAGUUGUGGACUGAACUUAUUUCUGAAUUCCAAGCCAGCCAAGUACUUCCACCAGAGGGCGAUGAAACAAGGUCACGUGAUAUACGCCGACACGCCGUAUUGUUGACGCAAUUUACCGAUUUACGGUAAUAACUUAAUAAUAGAUCAGUACCAAGCUCAACCACUACAGGUCGUUAUAGUUGUCCUAUAUAUAUAUGUGCGUGUGUGUGUGUACAGAUCAGCAAGUUUAGCCGUACUUUUGUCCGAAUACUAUAUCAGAAUCUAUAAACUUUUUGAGUGUAUGACCGAUAAAAUAGAAAAAAAAAAACGAUUUUGAAUAAACAAUGGCCGAUGAGGAGCAGAAAACACAAGAAAAAGUGAAAUAUACAGUGUUGAGUAAAAAACUUGGAGGAGGUCCACAUGGAUUAGGAGAUCCUGAUGAUCUUUCUAUGAGGAAAGUAGAAAAAGACAUACUGGUAGCUAAAGUUGUACGAGAUAGAACAAGAGAUGAGAAAUGUGUACCAGAAGUUGCAGCUUUCAAUGAAUGUUGCAAAGAGAGUAAAUAUUUAAUGGUGUUCACAUGUCGAAAACAAAAUGCUGAAUUAAAAGAAUGUUUAACUCGCUGGUACAAGGAUGAAGAUUUUUGGGAAGAAUGCAAGCAGCAAUAUUUGAAAGAAAGAUCAGAUUUUCGGAGAACUGGAGAGCCUAAGAAAAUUAGAGACUUUAAAGCUCGUAUUGGAAAUAUGUUUUAAAUAUAUUUAUAUAUACAUGAUAGUAGCUUUUAAGUAUGUUAUGCAAAACUGUAAUUUACUUUUCAUAAAAAAACUAUAAAUAACGAUGUACAUACAAAGAAUUUGAUUUGUUAAUUUUACAUACAUAAUCAUCUUUUAUACAUGCAUUUAAUUAUAUUUUAAGAUGAAUAGUCACUUUCGUAGUAUUCAUCAUAUUCACAAGAUGCAUCACAUGUAUAUCCAUCGUUAGAUCCUGUUUCUUGGGUGAUUUUCCAUCUUCUCCAUAAAACUUCUCUAACUGUAAAUUGAGAAAGAACAUCUGGAGAUGUUGGAACUAUGUCUAUUGGAACUGUUGAAGGCCAUAGUACUUGAGCAAUAAGUACUUCCUACAAAGCAUAAUAUCCAUUAUAAAAAACAAUAGAUCACAAUGUGAUAAACUUUCGUACUGAUAUUGCAUUAUAAUGUAUACCUUUUUAACAGUUUCUGCUAGUCUUUCUAAUCCAAUAAAUUUAUUCCAUGUCAUA